AUGGCGCAAUCGAUCACAACCAGCGUGGCCUCAUGCACACCACGCCGCUAUAACCCACUCAUCAACCCAACCCAUUCCAGGCCGGCCUUGGUGGAAGAACAUAUUGAGGAUCAACAGCACAUCCUCUUUUCUAGGCCCCUUCUGGGCGCUCUACUAUUCGAAAACACUACUUCCGAUGCUCGGGACCACUGCGCCAAUGAGCGCACAUUCCUUUCCUGGCUGCGUCUGUCAAUGUACUUGGCCAUUGUCUCGCUAGCCAUCAUCAUCUCCUUCCAUUUUCGCGAGCAGCCCUCGGGUUUAGAGCGGCGUAUGGCCCUACCUCUCGGUAUCAUCUUCUGGCUAUUGAGUCUGACGUGCCUGGUGAAUGGAUUUUUCAACUAUGCCCGCACCGUCAUGAAGUAUAGCCGAAAGGCGGCGCUGGUUCAGAGUGGCUGGAAGACCCAGGUCGUCAUGACAGUCAUUGGGACGGUCAUUUUGGGGAGCUGCAUCUUGUUCCUAUCGACUGGUCGGCAGUCAUGA